AUGCAACGGAUGCUUUAUUUGCCGCUGCGUGGGCCAUGCAAAUAUACAACAGCAGCGGCUAUCCAAGAGUCAUGGGUUAGUCUAUUUCUUGCACAUAAACAGUGGCCUGAAACAUAUACAAAGCCACCUGCACUACUUAUUGUCAGCCAGUUUGAGCCGACAUACACCUGUGGUCGGCGGGAGAGCAACCGCCUUAGUGAAGAAGAUGUAGUUUAUCUCAGGACAAACCCUUCUGCAAUGGUUGUUAAUACAUUGCGUGGAGGGCAAAUCACUUUUCACGGACCAGGCCAGAUAGUGGGAUAUCCUAUCCUUGACCUUGUGGAUUUUCAGAUGACAUUAAAAGAAUAUGUGAAUAGACUCGAGUUAUCAAUGCUUAGAACGUGUAAUGCAUUUGGUUUGACAACAAUCCUCACUGAACACAGAGGUGUAUGGGUAUCACCUACGAGAAAAAUUGCAUCAAUUGGUCUGCAUUUGCGGAGACAUAUUACGUCUCAUGGAAUUGCAUUAAAUGUUUCGACGAAUCUAAGCUAUUUCAAUAAAAUCACUGCAUGUGGCCUUAAAAACAAGGAAAUGACGAGUUUUGAACGCGAAGGCAUAAAAAUCCCGCUUGAAACAGUCCAAUCCCAUUGGAAAUUAAUAUCCAAGAAGUGA